AUGGAUCUGAAGUCGGCAAUUUUUGCGGUCUGUUGCGCCCUCUACUACUUUUCGGGCGGCCGUUUCUCGCUCGUGGUGGCUGCAUCUACCUGGUAUGUGUUAUCCACCCGCGGAAAAGAGUCUCUUACUCGUCAAAAGCCUCUGCCCAUCAAAGAGGUGGACUUUACCCAUGCAUACAUGCCUGAGCCCACCACAGUGUUUCCCAAGCAGAGAAAAACCGUGAAGAGAGCCCGUUCGCCCAAGGUUUUCCGUGGUGCAAAGCCUGCUGUCAAGGAUCAAGGAACGGUGUUAACUUCAACACCUAUCAGACUCAUGGAUUCACAAGUUUACAUCUUCUACACUACGCUUACUGGCACGUCACAGCGUGUGGCGGCAGCUUUGCAUGAUAAAUUGGCCAAUCUCGAAGGGAUUGCCCAUGAGCCAAAGUUGCUCUCGCUCGAUGAUGAUGUGGACGACUUGGAAGAGUAUUUCUUGAAGACUCCUAAGAAUUCCACUCAGAAUAUCUAUCUUCUCGUGCUCCCAUCGUAUGAAACAGACUCUCCUAUCGACUACUUCAUUGAGCACUUGACAGACACAUUCCAGGACUUCCGCGUGGACAAGUAUCCGUUGCGUUCGUUGGCUGGGUUUGCCGUGUUGGGUCUUGGAGAUUCCGAGUCGUGGAACGGCUCCAAGUUCUGUUACCAGGCCUUGUUAGCAGACAAGUGGCUUGGUAAGCUUGGAGCCCGUCGUUUGUUUCCUGUGGGUCAAGUUUGUGUCAAGCACGAAGGUGAACCCAAGACCCAGGAGUGGAUUAAUGGCUUCGCUUCGCUUUUAGCCGAUGACGAACCUUUCUAUAUCGACGACAACGAUGCAGCAGAUGACAGUGAUGCUGAGGAGGAUGAACUUGAUCCAGCAACUGAUGUGGUUGAUGUAGAGGAUAUGGGUGCCAUCAUCAAGGCCUCUGGAGGCUCAUUUACAGUGGAACCAAAGCAGAUGGUGGCCCAAGAUUCCCCCACAUUCCGUUCGUUGACCAAGCAGGGCUAUACGAUUGUUGGGUCGCAUUCAGGAGUAAAAAUUUGUCGUUGGACAAAGAGUGCCAUGCGUGGCCGUGGCUCGUGCUACAAGUAUGCCUUCUACGGUAUCAAAUCACAUUUGUGUAUGGAAACAACCCCCUCUUUGGCUUGUUCCAAUAAAUGUGUGUUCUGUUGGAGACACGGAACCAAUCCUGUGGCAAAGCUGAACUGGAGAUGGGAGGUGGAUCCUCCUGAGAAGGUCUUGGCCGGAGCUCUUGAGGGCCACUACAAGAAGAUCAAGCAAAUGAGAGGUGUACCAGGAAUUCAGUUGGACAGAUUCCAGGAGGCUUUUCAAGUGCGUCAUUGUGCAUUGUCAUUAGUGGGAGAACCCAUUUUUUACCCUCAUAUCAACGAGUUUGUGGGAAUGUUGCAUGAACGUCACAUUUCAUCAUUCUUGGUAUGCAAUGCCCAGCACCCCGAUCACCUCGCUCGUUUGGCCAAGGUAACUCAGUUGUAUGUGAGUAUCGAUGCUCCUACUAAGAAAGACUUGAAGAAGGUCGACAGACCUCUCAACGCCGACUUUUGGGAGAGACUCAUGUCGUGCUUAGAUAUCUUGCGCACCACUCAAGCCCAUCAAAGAACCGUGUUCAGAUUGACAUUGGUCAAGGGCUUCAACAUGGACGACAUCGAGAGCUACGCCGACAUGGUGGAACGUGCACAGCCAUCGCAGAUUGAGGUGAAAGGAGCUACAUUCUGUGGUUCCUCCAACGCAAAUGGAAACCCAUUGACCAUGCAAAACAUUCCAUUCUACGAGGAGUGCCGUGUGUUUGUAGAGAAGUUGACCGCCGAGCUCAAGUCCAGGGGCCUGAGCUACGAACUUGCAGCCGAACAUGCCCACUCAUGCUGCAUUUUGAUUGCACACACCAAGUUCAAGAUCAACGACGUCUGGCAUACGCACAUCGACUAUCCUAGAUUCUUUGAGUUGCUCGAAAGCGGCGAGGAGUUCUGUGAUUUGGACUAUGUGAAGGAGACACCAGCAUGGGCUGUGUGGGGAUCUACUGAGGCUGGUUUCAAUCCAGAAGACACAAAGUACGACCGUAAAGCUGAGAAGGCCAAAAAGCGUGAGGCCCGUGAAGCGUUGGCUGCGAAAGUAGCAGACUUAUAA